AUGUUGGAGGAUUUUGAAAAAAAGAUACCAAUACAUAAAGAGACAAUUGCACGAGGUAAAAAGAUCACAACUUACAUCUAUUCAAGGACUGCGCUUAUUUCUCUAUUGCAUCAUUUUACCAAAGAAAAGGAUUUGAUUAGACUAGCCACUACCCGUUUUGCCACAUCUUACUUGACUUUGGGUUGCUUGAAUGACAAUAAGGGAGCAUUGAUUAGAAUGUUUACAUCCAAAGAAUGGAAAUCUAGUCAAUUUGCAAAGACUAAAGAUGGAAAGGUUAUUGAAAAUGUGGUAAUGGAUAAGGACUUCUGGAAAAGCAUUAUUACAUGCUUGAGGAGUGCUUAUCCUUUGAUCAAAGUCCUUCGUUUGGUAGACUCAGAUGAGAAGUUUGCCAUGGGGUUCAUUUAUGAGGAAAUGGACAGGGCCAAAGAAAAGAUACAAGCUGCCUUUAAUGGUAUUAAGAAAAGUUACUUGCCUCUAUGGGAAAUUAUAGAUGCAAGAUGGGAUAAUCAACUACAUCGGCCUUUGCAUGCUGCGGGCUAUUACCUUAACCCUCAAUUUCAUUGCAGUCCUAAUUUUAAAGCUGACUUUGAAGUGAAAAGAGGAAUAUAUGAUUGUCUACAAAGGAUGGUUGAAAGUAUGGAAGAAGUAAAGAAGAUUGAUGCUCAACUGGAAGACUUCAAAUAUCGAAAGAAAUUCUUUGGUAGUGCAGUAGCCACUUGUGGAAUUGAAACCAAAACUCCAGCACAAUGGUGGGAAUCAUAUGGUUAUGAACAUCUUGAGUUGCAAAAGUUUGCUAUUCGUGUUUUGAGCUUGACAUGCAACUCAUCUGGCUGUGAGAGGAAUUGGAGUGCAUUUGAGAUGGUCCACACUAAGAGAAGAAAUCGUUUGAAGGCAAAAACGAUGAAUGACGUAGUCUUUGUGAUGGCUAAUUCAAAAUUAGCCAAGAAGAAGGAAUUGAGGAAAGUCAAUGACUAUAGCAUUGAUGACCUAGCUUCUGAUGAUGAUUGGAUUGUGGAUGAUAGUGAAAAUUUAGAUUUGGAUGCUUCAAAUGAAGAUUUGGUUCCAGUUGAAGAAGAACCUAGUAGUGGAGCACCUCAUGAUGAUUUGGAGCUGCCUAGUUAUGAUGAUGAUGAAGUUGAAGAAGGUGGAGAUGCCAUGGAGGAUGCUGGAGAUGAAGAACACAUGGAGGAUGAUUAUGAAUUCAUGAAUUUAUGAAGCUUAGAACUUGACUAUUAUUUUUCAUGUUGUAGACUUAUAUGUUAUCUAAAAUUUGUGACUUAUGACUUAUUUUAUGUGUGGAUUGUAGAAGACCUUAUAAAUGUUUAGUUUAAUCAAAUGUUUAAUGUGUUUUUGAG